AGCUGACAGUCAGUCUACACUGAGCCCUGCUGGAUACUAGCUGUGAGAAGCUGAGCCCUGAGCCUCUUGUAACUCCAUCCUACUACGUACAGCCCACCAUGGAUGUCAAAGUACUGGCUGUGUUGGCCCUACUGGCUGUGGCCAUGGAUGUACCUCUCUCUACGGCUAAGCCCAUCAGCCUGGUAGAGAGGUGCUGGUGUCGCUCCACGCUCAACACCGUCCCUCAGAGGAGCAUCAGAGAGCUCAAGUUCCUUCACACACCCAACUGCCCUUUCCAAGUCAUUGCCAAGCUGAAGAACAACAGGGAGGUGUGCAUUAACCCCGAGACCAAAUGGCUGCAGACGUACCUGAAGAAUGCCAUUAACAAGGUGAAGAAGUCCAGAAGACGUGCUCAGUAAAGGAGACCUAGUCCCAGGCCAGCUCUCCCCCUCCUCCUCCUCCUCUACUACUCAGAUAUGUAACUCCACAUACUGUAUCUACACGUCUCUGCUCUGGAACGCUCUGGAACACUCUGGAAUGCUCUAGAACGCUCUGGAACGCUCUGGAAUGCUCUGGAACGCUCUGGAAUGAACGCUUGCAAAACCAGCACUUCACCACCAGACCGACCAUGAUGCCUUGCUGCUGCUGCUGACCCCGCCGCCACCCUGUCUCCCACGCUGCAGACGCCUCUCCUCACGUUGUUAGCACCAAGUGCAGUUAUUCCUAAUUAUAUCGGAAUGUGUGAGUACGUGUGUAAAGAGUGUGUGAGCGAAAGUGCAUGUCUGUGGUUUUAUUCAGUGUGCUUGUUCUUAGUGUGUGUGUGUGUGUGUGUGUGUGUGUGUGUGUGUGUGUGUGUUGUCUGAACUGAGUGUGUAAGUGUACGUCUGUAUAUAAAGUAUUUUCCUACUUUUACAAGGGACAUUUUAAGAUUUUACACCCAGCUCUCCGUCUCAAAUGGGCUGAGCAAGGGCUUGUGGGUAUCCCCAGGGGUGGGCUCUGACUGAGGGGUCAUGGGAUUGGAACAGGAAUGAGCUGGCCAAUGGGUUGAGCCCACUCUGUAAUAGGUGACCAAUCAGGGCUGAUCAAACAUUCAUAACAAGGGAAAAAGACAGAAGUCACCCCUAACUGAUCCAAGGUCAGAAGUUGUUUAAGCCCUGAUGGUUACGACUAGGAUGGUAGAGAAGGAAAUCUGAUCCUAGAUCUGUGGUUAGGGGCAACUUCUAUGUCAAGCCUUAACAAGCCAUCCAGUCUAGCCAAGACAAUGGAGAUCCUCAAACUAUAACAAGGGACAUGCAUUGAUUCAGGUGUUUCAACUCAAGGGAUCAGAAGCCAUUAGUUUGAACUGAUGCAUAUUCUUUCUAUAUUUCUUACGGGAUCAAUUAUGUCAGGGAGAGAGGCUGUGCACUGAAUCACAUGCAUUUCAUCAAGGCUAUGUGUAGUUGCCAUUCACAA